AUGCUUAAAGAUAAUAACAUUAAUUGGAUUGAAGACGAUGAAGAAAUAAAAACUAUGUUUCAUAUUCACUUCAAAAAUAUCUUCACUAUGAAGCUUAAUACAUUUGACUGGAUCCAUAUUGUUCAAAGGUUCCUUAAUUUGAACAAUAGUACCUCCAGGUUCUUAAGUUCUGAGUUACAUAACACUGAGAUAAAGCAAGCUCUCUUUUAUAUGGCGCCUUGGAAAUCCCUUGGGCCUGACGAUUUUCUUGCGGGGUUCGAUAAAAAAAACUUGGAAUAA